AUGAUUGGAAGAAUCGUUCUCCCAGAAACAAAUCAAAAGCUAACAUACUCAUCGAUAAGUAUUGAUGGUAUCCAACAAGAUACAUUCCUUUCUUAUACAAUUAAGCAAGUUUUCACGAAUACUACAGGUCAAAACACUGACAUCACAUACUGUUUCCCAAACGAACCACAAUUCUGCACAUAUGAUUCUCUUUUCAUUGUUGAUGGUAAGGAGAUCAGGCCACAACUUCGUGUAAAAGAAGAGGCUAAGAAAGAAUUCGAAGAAGCAAAGCACGCCGGCCAUCAUGCUAUGCUUGGUGAAGAUAUUGGCAAUGGUCUUAGCAGUUUCCAACUCGGCAAUCUUCCUGCUGGCAAGACAGCCGAAAUUCACCUUAAAGUCUCAUUCCUUGCCGACAUCAACGAAAACGGCUACUUCUACAAGUUCCCACUUACGCACAGGUACCAGAGUGGCGCAGUUACUAGCAACAACUCAGACAAGCCAGAAUCAUUCCAUUUCGCAACUACAAUCAAAACACAGAGAGAUAUACAAGACCUUAAAGUAUCUGUUGAUGGCACCAAAGACGUCAAAGAUGCUCACAACGCCACAUUUGUCACAAAUAAUCCACCAGCAAAAGACGCAAUUGUUAUUGAGACCCAUAUCAAAGACGAAGAUAAGAAUGUUGCCAUCUCAAGUGAUGGCUACAUUGCUAUCACUACAUAUCCAUACUUCGAAGGUCCAAUUGAUUCGAAUUCCGAAUUCUACUUCAUUGUUGAUUGUUCUGGUUCAAUGUCUUGCAGCCGCAUUAAUAAUGCUAUUAAAUGCAUGCGCUUAUUCAUUCAAUCUCUUCCCGUUGGUUGCAGAUUUUCAAUACUCAGAUUCGGAUCUCAUUUCGAAACAGUUCUUCCUCCAUGCGAUUACACAGAUGAGAAUGUUGCUAAUGCCAUGAAUCUUCUUGAUAACAUCAGUGCUAACAUGGGUGGUACAAAUAUCUUAGCACCUCUUCAACAUGUUUCUGACCUUCAAGCAUCUGAAGGAUUCGUUAAACAGAUCUUCUUCUUGACAGAUGGCGAAGUCGACAAUUCCGACAUUAUCUGCGCAACAGCACUGAAGAACAGGUCAACAAACCGCAUUUUCUCAAUAGGUCUUGGUUCUGGUGCUGAUCCAGGAUUGAUCAAAGGCAUGGCGAGAAAGAGUGGCGGCAAUUAUGCUAUCAUUGGCGAUAACGAUAACAUGAAUGAGAAAGUUAUUGAGAUGCUUAGCUCAGCUAUUUCUCCUGCUCUCCGCGAUAUCAGUAUUCAAAGUGAGAGCACACAAACAGAGAUGUGGCCAUCUCCAUGUCCUCCUCUUUUCGCGAAGAACCCACAGAGUUUCAUUGUUAAAUCAGAAUUCACAGAAAACAUUCUUCUCAGUGGAACUCUUCUUCACGAUCAAGUUGACAUCGUUAUUCCUGUUUCUCGUCUUGAUAACAACAAAGGUCUUCGCCAACUAUUCAGUCGUUACAUUAUUGAAGAUUACGAAUCCCAACUUCUUCUUAAAAAUGAUGAAAGCAUCAAGAAGAAAUGCAUUGACUUAUCUCUUGCAUCAGGUGUUCUUUGCAAAUACACAUCAUACGUAGGUGUUGACUAUGAAUCUCAUGAAGAAAGAGGACAACCUGCUCCUCCAUUGAUCCAAUGCUGUGCAAUGGCUCCACCUAUGGGAGUCUUCGGAUUUGCAGCACAGCAAUGCUGCUUUGCUGCACCUCCUAAACAAUUCAAUGCUAUGCCAAUGAUGCAUGGUAUGCAUCAAUUUGGCGGUGGUAUGGGAUUUGGAGCUCCUCCACCGCCUCCUCCAUGCGGUGCAGCUCCAGCACCUCCACAAUACGCAGCUCCUCAAAUGAUGAUGCAACAAGCUAUGGAUGAUGGUGAUGAAAUGAUCGCGAGAUCUUCAAGCCAUUCAUCAAAUUCACAAGAAGAACAGAUUCGUAAGCAAAAGGUUGAUGGUUCUUGGGAUGAUUUCAAUGGUGUUGAUAAAGAAAUUGAAACUAAAUAUGGCCACAAAGUUGCAUCAACAGUUGCAGCAAUCGCAUUCAUCCGAAAGACAUUCAAAGAUCGUCUAUCCGAAUUCUCACUCAUUAUCAAGAAAGCACUUUCAUUCCUUAAGAAGCAAGACAAGAGUGUUGACUGGGACUCUCUCAUCAACAAAUUCAUUUGA